AUGCGGAAAGUUAUCUCCUGGAUGGAAGAUCAUAGGCUAUCUCUAGCAGCCCAGAAGACAGAGAUCGAGCUAAUUACGAGGAAGCGCAUCAACACCUUGCGCAGCUUCAUUGUAGGAGACGCUGCGGUCCAGACUAAGUCGGCUGUCAAAUAUCUCGGUGAUAUGCUUGACAACAAGCUUAACUAUGGAGAGCGUAUUAUGAGGGCUGCCGACAAGUCGGCAAAAGUAGUAGCCUCACUGGGCAUGCACAUGGGCAAUGUCAAUGGUCCCCGGCCGUGUAGGAAGAGACUACUGUUGCGUGCCGCCGAAGCUGUGAUGCUGUACGGUGCGGAAGUAUGGGCCGAGGCGCUGCGAAAACAGAAAUACCGAAAGCUCAUAGCCGCGCCCAGAAGAGGAUAUUCAUCUACCAGCAAAGGUGUGUCCUGGGAAUGGAGAGGGCAUCAAGGCUCGCCAGGUCUAUCAGCAUCAAGACCUGGUAAAAUAGAUGGGAGCAGGAACGUAGGGACUACUCGACUUAUCAGUCAGCUAGACAACUGGAUUAAUCGUGAGGCAGGAGAAGUUCAUUUCUACCUCACACAAUUCUUGACAGGGCAUGGCCUGUUCCGCUCCUACCUGGCUAGAAUGAGCCUUAGAACAAGACCUUGGCGACAUCUCGCCGGACAACGUCGUCGAGAAAAUGCUGCGUGGGCAGAAGGAGUGGAACAAGGUGGCCUGGUUCGUCAGGUCAAUCUUAAGCAAGAAGAUGAAGGAGAUGGGUGGCCCAUAGAAGAUCCACCAACGAUACUCCUGGUUCCUGCCACGUAG